GUAGUAAUAUUUUUCUAAUGGCAUGGCAAUAUCAAAAAAUUCGUUCAAGUAAAAAAAUUCACAAUGGCAGACGCGAAGCAAGGUAAAACACCAAUGGAGGACUUUUGCAAUGGAUCAUCGCAGUCACGGGUGGUGUUGGCUAAACCCCGUUUAGGAGGUUUUGGCUCCUCAAGUUUUGGGUCUAGUUCUUCAGGCACCAGUAAAAGCUGCAAUCCAUUUGGCUCAGUGUUGCGUCCACCGCAGCUCAAACCUGGCACUAAUCCUUUCCUCAAAGUCAAUGAGCCGUCUGAAGACCCAGAAAAGAAAACGGAACCUGAAAAUGCAGAUGACAGAUUAAAAGAAACAAAAGAGGAGACUGAAGUCCCAAAGUUUGUUCCACUGGGUUCCAACGUGCCUCCUAGAGCUGCCAAUCCUGUGCCAGUGCCUGCUCAGCCUGCGACUUCUUCAGCUGGCUUCAUUUUCGGCCAGAACUUGAGCGAACGAGUUGUCAUAAAUGAGAAUUUGAACAACGGGGAAGCGAGUUUAACCGAGCACCAUUCUUCAAACGGCACUUCUGAGUUGUUGUUCACGAGUGCGGCCGCUUCUGUAAAGGAGAAUGCACAGGAGGAGGCCGGGCCGAGCGCGGCGGCGGGCCGCGCGGGGCUGCUGGCGGCGGCGGCGGAGUACGAGCGCUCGCACGCGCCGCCGCCGCCGCCCGCCGCCACCGCCACCACCACCGGCGAGGAGGGCGAGACCAAUGUGUUGCAGAUGUCGUGCCGUCUGUUCGCGUGGGAGAGCGGCAGCUGGCGCGAGCGCGGGCGCGGCGUGCUGCGGCUGAACGAGGCGCGCGCGGGCGGCCCGCCGCGGCUGCUGGCGCGCGUGGCCGGCUCGCUGCGCGUGCUGCUCAACACGCGCCUGUGGCCCGCCAUGGUGGUGCAGCGCGCCGCCGCCAAGUCGCUCCGCAUCACCGCCGCCGACGCCAACAAUCAGAUCAAGCUGUUCCUCAUUAUGGUGACUUUGAUAGUCUUAUACAUACAUAUACAUACAUACAACACGCGCCUGUGGCCCGCCAUGGUGGUGCAGCGCGCCGCCGCCAAGUCGCUCCGCAUCACCGCCGCUGAUGCCAACAAUCAGAUCAAGCUGUUCCUCAUUAUGGUGACUUUGAUAGUCUUAUACAUACAUAUACAUACAUACAACACGCGCCUGUGGCCCGCCAUGGUGGUGCAGCGCGCCGCCGCCAAGUCGCUCCGCAUCACCGCCGCUGAUGCCAACAAUCAGAUCAAGCUGUUCCUCAUUAUGGGUGCACCAGUGGACAUAGCGCAUCUACACAGAGCCCUAACGACGCGGAUCGCACUCACUAAAAGAAUGAGCUCCGAAACAAGUUCCCAAAAAGAGUCCAGGCUUGAGGCUAACGAUGACUACCCGGACAGUUCCUCACUGCCGCGAGACGACAAAUGUCUCGACGAGGCUUGCGACGCGACCGCCACAAGUAAUGCAACUGCCACAGAUGAUGUCAGAGCUACAGAAGACACCAACAUACAAGCCGACCCACAAAAGACUGACAGCGAACCCUCGGAUUCACCAGAAAAUGAAUCUAAAGCUCUAAAACGAAAGGAACCCCCUCACGACGAAUCAUCACCCAAGAGACAGUGCCCCGAUAUAGUAAUCGAGUGAUAAAUAAUUGCAAAAACAGUGUAAAAAUAAGUGUAAAUGUGGACAAGGUUGUUUAUUUCAUUCGCUCAUUCGCGUCGAAACUCUGGGUGUCAUUUGUAAAUGGUAAAGUGUAGAGAAUAUUUAUAAUUAAAUUUUAAUGUAGCGUAAUGCAACAUUGUUGAUUGUUAUUAUGGACUGUCCAUUAUUGACGCUGGGAAGGCAUGGAAUGACCAGCGUUUUGAAGUGCGUUCAGUGGACUGCCAAAUCUUGAAUCCUCAUCUUGAUAUCUCUAUGUAAUGUGAGUUUUGUCUGUUUUUAAAGAAAGCUUGCGUAGAGCCACACUGAAACCAGUACAAUAUCUAUUACAUACACAUACAUAUGGUCACGUCUAUAUCCCUUGUGGGGUAGACAGAGCCAACAGUCUUAAAAAGACUGAUAGGCCACGCUCAGCUAUUUGGUUCAAUGAAAAAAUUUACAUUUACAUACACAUUUAUGUAAAAUACCUCUUUAUAUAUACCUAAUAUAAUAAGACGGGUCCAUGAAUUUUGUGUAACAAUAAUAUCACCAUUGUGUUUAUUUGUUGUAUGAAUAUAUUUGGCGGGCAAAUUGUAAAUUUUGACAUUCCAAUUUUGCAAGAGAACGUUUUGUUUGGAAGAUAUUAAAUACCAAAUAAAUGAAAUCAUGCUGCUGUUUAAUCCUGAUUUGUCAAUAAACAUAAUUUUGUAGUAA